AUGGUUACGAUCUUUUCCCAUUUCGCUAUUGUCUCGGAUGUUAUGUCAGAAGAAAAUUUUGAAUUCAUGGCCUCUUUAAACACUUUGUUAACGUCCGCCGCUCAUAAUUUUGGGCAACAAAGAUGUUUUGUAACACCUAUAAAAUGCUGGAAUAAACCUGUCAUCUUUUACUUAAUAAGAUCAAAAAUACGGGGAACAUUUUCUGGCGUUUGUAUCGGGCGCAACCUAAAUCGUUUUCUUUUAAGGUAUUCUAUACAAGUUUAUCCAACCUCAAUAGAAUCAACUACUUGUGGUUUCGAUGCAGGACAGGCAGUUGAAUUGCGACAUUGUAUUUAUCAUCAAUGA